AGAAAUCUCUCAGUAACUCCCACUCACGCCAACUCGCCCUCCUCCGGGUACAGCUACGAGCUGCGGACCCAUGCGAGGAGUCAGGACGACUUGGAUGAGAUACAGGGUGCCAAACAUUACCUCAAACACGGUCGAUCCGUCGAUCAAUACGUUGACGGUAAACUCUCCUACCCCGAGUUCGAGGAAAACCAUAACUCUCCCCGCGUGGCCCCCGUGCCCAACCCCCGCCCCAGCCUCAAGAACCGCUCACAGCCCGUCGCCAUCACUGCUAUGUACGAAAACGUCGUCAUCAAAGAACAGAACCCUAGAAGAAAACUAAGAAGAAGUUUCGGACCACAGAACGACAACGAAAGAAUGGAGGACAGAGUCAGAAAGUACUCCAACCAAGACAGAUCUUCGUUAGAGAGUCUUUUAGAUGACCAAUCGAUUAAUAGUCCGAGCGACUGUGAGCGGUAUUACGAUGGGCCGAGGGUGGAUAUUCCGCUGUCGCCAACGCAUUAUGAGCAGCCCCCUACGCCUGACCAUCCGCCGCCUUCGGCGCGGCAGGCGGAGAACAGCAUACAUGAAAGGAUCAGACCUUUAAGCCAGGAAUACAAGCGGCGUUCGAUGCUCCGCGAGCUGUUACGCGACUGCCAGACGGACACGGAGCUGCUGCGCGCCAUGUCCGUGGCGUCAGUGGCUAGUGGCGCCACCGACCGCAGCAACACCGACUGCGUCGAGGAGUACGUGUGCGACGUGCCUUUUGCAGGUUAG